AUGGCCAACCCUUUGAGCACUCUACUUCUUGUGGCUCUACUUUCUCUUUCAGCUGCUGCAGCAACAAGAACUAAGCUGCAACCAACCAACAAUGUGGAUGGUGGCAUUUGCAAAUCAUUGGUGGAGACACAAGGCUAUGCUUGCGAAGAACAUAAAGUAACAACAGCAGAUGGUUAUGUCCUUGGCUUGCAAAGGAUUCCAGCUGGUCGGUCCGGUAACGAGACAGCAGCUAAGCUGCCUGUUUUGUUACAACAUGGACUACUUAUGGAUGCUUCAGCUUGGCUGCUCAAUGAGCCGGAUAAGGCUUUGGCAUUCAUCUUGGCAGAUGAGGGUUUUGACGUAUGGCUUGCCAACGCUCGUGGGACAGAAUCUAGCCGUGGACACACAUCACUUAGCCCUAAUGAUCCGGCAUACUGGGACUGGUCAUGGGAUGAAUUGACUGCUUAUGAUCUUCCUGCUGCAUUCCAGUAUGUGAACAAUCAAACAGGACAGAAAUUACACUAUGUUGGUCAUUCCUUGGGAACUUUGACUGCCCUUGCCGCCUUCUCCCAAGAAAAGCUGUUAAACCUGCUAAGAUCAGCUGCUUUGCUUAGUCCAAUUGCUUAUCUUGGUCAGAUAUCGCCGUUUGGAAGAACUGCUGCCGACAUAUUUUUAGCUCAAGGACUGGCGUUGUUGCGUUCCCAGGCAUUUCCAAACGAGCAGGUAAACCGACUUUUGGAUUUUAUCUGCACAAGACCAGGCAUUGACUGCUCCAACUUUCUAUCAGUUACAACAGGCCCAAAUUGCUGCCUCAGUUCUUCAAGCACUGAUGCUCUUUUUAAGCAUACGCCGCAAACUACUUCAACAAAGAAUGCUCUACAUCUCUUUCAGAUGGUCAGAAAGGGCACCAUAGAAAUGUAUGAUUACGGUCUGCCAAUCACAAACAUCAAGCACUACAGGCAGCCUACUCCUCCUGUGUACAACAUGGCAAACAUUCCGAAAGAUGUUCCUCUAUUCCUCAGCUAUGGAGGGAGGGAUCCGCUUUCGAACGUGUUUGAUGUGAACCUUUUGCUGGACAACCUCAAAGAUCAUUACAUGGACAAGCUUGUGGUACAGUUCAGAGAGGAUUAUGCCCAUAUGGAUUUUAUUAUGGCUAUGAAUGCCAAUCAAGUUGUGUAUGAUCCUCUACUUUCCUUCUUCAGGCUCCAUUGA